UAGUGAUGGCGGACGGAUGCAGCGGAAAGGCGCAUCUAAGUCCCCGAAAAAGUCGCGGAAAGUCGAGGAACGAACUGUGAAGCAAGACUAUACAUCUGUCCAUAAAAGAAAUUUAUAUUUUGUGUCUUUCCCUCUAAUAUUUUUAUUCAACGUCGUCCGGUCGUUAAUUUAUCAGCUGUUCGUAAUAUUUAAGUACUUAUAUGUCAAUACAUCCAAACUAGUGCACCGUCCAAAGACAAAUUCGAACUGCAAAGUAGAAAUAGUUGUCGCGACAAGUGAAACAGAAGCACAAGACAACCCACAAGACAUGUCGCAGCUUGCACAUAAACAUCCAACAGGACCGGGGCCUGGGCCAGGAGAUCCUCUGUUAGCCAAGCAGAAGCAUCAUCAUCGAAGAGCUUUCGAGUUCAUCUCCAAAGCUCUGAAAAUAGACGAGGAGAAUGAAGGUCAGAAGGAGGUAGCAAUCGAGCUGUACAAGAAGGGCAUAUCUGAGUUGGAGAAAGGGAUAGCAGUAGACUGUCUUGGAGGGAAAGGUGAAGUGUGGGAACGAGCACAGAGACUUCAUGAAAAAAUGAAGACCAACUUGGCUAUGGCCAAAGAUCGUCUUGAUUUCCUGGUUGGGCUGGUACAUCUGAAACAACUGGCAGUAACGCCAGCCACCACAGCUACCGAGAGGCCAGGUCGCAGUCCCCGAACACGGUUGGCCUCCCAUCCUCCUACCACAGCUUUGGCCACUCCUGCCCUAGAGCCUCUUCUCAAUGGAGGCCCUGGCAUUGCCACAAGAGUCAAGCCCCCCAUCGCCAGUCCCUCGCUGCCUCCCUCUUCUGGCAAGCCUGCCCCCUCUGAAGCUCUCGGGCGGAAGCUCACCAUACCUGCACGGAGGACUAUUGGGUCUUCGGCUAGUAAGAGUCAAACGUUACCCAGAAGUAUGGGGUCACGUUCACAGACAUCAUUAGGUUCAUCAAGACCUGGGAAGCCUCAAUCCACACCACCUGUUGUCAAAAGACAACUUUCAGGUCCAAGUAGCUCUCCAGUGCGACGAUACAGUGGAAGUGGUAGCGGCCCAUCAGGUGGAAAGAGCACUCCGUCACGUAAAACACCACCCCAAUCCCUGAAGGGUGUUGACCCAAAAUUAGCACAGAUAGUGCUUGAUGAAAUUUUAGAAGGUGGUACAUCCGUCCAGUGGGAAGAUAUUGCUGGUCAAGAGGUGGCAAAGCAGGCUUUGCAAGAAAUGGUCAUUCUUCCCUCAUUGAGGCCAGAAUUGUUCACUGGACUGCGCACUCCAGCUCGAGGUCUGUUGUUAUUUGGGCCUCCAGGCAAUGGGAAAACACUUCUAGCUCGAGCUGUUGCCAAUGAAUGCAGUGCAACAUUUUUCAGCAUCAGUGCUGCAAGCCUCACUUCUAAAUAUGUUGGAGAAGGAGAAAAGCUAGUGCGAGCCUUGUUUGCUGUAGCAAGAGAGCUUCAGCCCUCUAUUAUUUUUGUGGAUGAGGUGGACUCGCUUCUGUCUGAACGCCGGGAGAAUGAACAUGAAGCUAGCCGGAGAUUAAAGACAGAGUUCUUAGUGGAAUUUGAUGGGCUGCCAUCCAAUCCUGAAGAAAGGGUUCUUGUUAUGGCAGCCACCAAUAGACCACAAGAGCUGGAUGAAGCAGCUUUAAGACGUUUUACGAAGCGCAUCUACGUGUGCCUGCCGGAUCAGGAGACACGUGUUGUAUUGCUGCGGAGGUUGCUUAGUAAGCACGGCAAUCCACUGCGUGACGAUGAGCUGCAACGAUUGGCUACUAUGACUGAUGGCUAUUCUGGAAGUGACCUUACUGGAUUAGCAAAGGACGCUGCCCUUGGUCCAAUAAGAGAACUUAACCCUGAGCAAGUCCGGUGUAUGGACCCUAACAGUGUACGGAACAUAAAUUUUCAAGACUUUGUUGACUCUCUGAAGAGGAUUCGCCGCAGUGUUUCUCCUUUGAGUUUGUCAGCUUAUGAACGAUGGAAUGCUGAGUACGGUGAUGUUAGUCUGUAACAGAUAUAUGCAAUAAAUGUAACAUAGCUUGCUUUAAAUGUCACUUGGGAUUUUAAGAAAUCUUGAUUAUACUGCAAGAUGUACAGGUGCAUCACUGAAAGCAAGUACACAUUCACGUCAAAGAGUUCCAUAUGUUCAUUCGUAUAUUGUUGUUGCUGCUAUUAACUUAAACGUGAGUGGUAUGAAAAAUGAGAAUUGUUAAGAAUACACUGCUUUGUGUUAAAAACUAUUUGAAAUACUGAGAACUUGCCUGUUUUGUGAUUGCCUUUUUUUUUAAAAAAAAGUGUAGAUUUAAGUUUACAGUGAAGACAUUCAUUUAUAAAUCCGUUGUACAUACCUAUUCAUUUGUAUAUUUCAUUGUUUGUGUUUUAUUGUUGCCCAAGUGGAAUAGCAUAUUUCUGAGUGGUGAAAAAGUUACAUGAUGUUCUGAUAGUUGAUUCUAUAAUAUACUCAGUUUUUCUGUACAGUAUCACUACACACUUAAAGCAUGUAAAACUUAAGAUUUCAUUUACAUCUCAGUUCUGAGUACUGUGAUCUUGAAUGUAAGUCUGAUAAUUUUUAUUUCUAUAACGUUGCCAGUGCUGCAGUUUAAAACGCAAUCCUUCCCAAGUCACUUCAAAAUUUUGUCAUGUGACUGAAAAGUGCUUUGGACAUAACUGAAGGAUAAGAGAGGGUCUUAGAAAUUAACAGCAUAAUGUCUUAAAUAACUUCUUUGUUUUACAGAAGUCUAAUAAGUUAUAGCAAUAGCAGCUGAAAUGUGAGGCCUUGAUUAUACAAUGACAAAAUGUUAACUUUUAAUGUUGUUACAAAUAUAGACUGUGAUUUUUGAAUUCUAAAUUUAUGCACAAAUUAAUGUAAUUUGUGUUAGUUGCAGUUUACUUAGUGUACAAUUUUAGUUAGCUAGGUAAUAGAAAAUCAGAGUUUUAGUCAUUAAUAACUUACUAGGCAAAUAUAAUCUUUUUAUGUAGUUUUAUAUUUUUAUGUUGUGUUUUGCAGUGAUUACUACUAAAUUUAUCACUUGCUGUCCAAAUUGUUGUUUUGGUAACUGUAACAGCGUUACAUAAUACUGAGUACAAAUGUCCCCCAUUUCCACUGUGAGAAACUACUGUUGCGCUGUCCAUACAAAGCACCAAGUGUUCAAUAACAUAUUUCCAUAUAAUCAUAAUAUUUUGGUGUAAAUCACUUUGCCAGUCUUUCUCUCCCUUUCUUAAGUGAAGUGUAAAUUUAAAUAACAAGAAAAUGCCAUCUGUGGGUGGGUGGAUGUAUAAAAUAGAUGAAGAAAUAUGAAGAUUACUAAGUUUUUGUGUAACAUAUUGGUACUUUACAAUUUUGUUUCUACUGUUUUCGUUGCUUUUUUAUACAGUAAAACAAAUGGAACUAACGGACUGAGGAACUGUGUAGUUUUAGUGGUUAUACUUAUUGGAAAGAGUUCAGUCAAGGAAAUUAUUCAUUGUUCUGACACUGAUUAAACUAACCAGCCCUUUAUCCCUCCCCCCCCCUCCAACCUCCCACCCCCUUACAGAAAUGUAUAUUGUGGAGAUGUUAACAGACAUAAAAGUAAUCACUAAAUAAUGUUUAUAGAUGUAAUUAUUCUGUCAGUUGAAGAUGAUUGAUUCUUUCUGUCACUGAUUUGUUAAAUUGUAACUUCUGUACAUAUGAGAACCUAAUCCUUUGUGUUUCUGUACUGAUGGAAGUAGUAGUUCACCACAUUUCAUGAUAUGUUAAGUGAAGGACUGACUAACUCAACCUCCUGCACACACCAUGC